AUGCGUGGUCUUGCCUACCAUAACGCGAAGAGUUCCUUACGUACGAUUAGAAAGGGAGCAGUAUAUUUAGUAUACCGAUUUAAUAUACCGAGCAACAUUAGAUUAGCCGACCCGCAGUUUCACAUCCCUUCCGAAAUCGACAUAGUGAUAGGUACAGAGUGGUUCUGGGACUUGAUGUGCGUAGGGCAGAUUAAAUUAGGCGGGGGUAAGCCAACGCUACAAAAAACGAUAAUGGGGUGGCUAGUAGUAGGAAAAAUUCUGCAAGAGGCACCGGGACGCAAACCACAAACUGCUUGCAAUCUGAGCAGUACAAGAAUGCUGGACGAGACGCUACGGCAGUUUUGGAAAAUUGACGAUAUCCCAAAAAGGGCGGAAAUCAAUGAAGAAGAUCUAGAAUGCGAAGAGUUCUUCAAGGGCACUUACACGAGGAACGCUGAAGGAAGAUUUGUGGUACGGUUACCGAUCAAGCAGGAAGUCAUUGACAAGAUGGGUGAGUCAAAGGGCGUAGCAGAGAGAAGAUUUCGGUCAUUAGAAAGGAAGCUGGAGAAAAACCCGGAAUUGAAAGACGAAUACGUCAGGUUUAUGAAAGACUACAGGGAAUUAGGCCACAUGAGAGAAAUAAACGAACAGUCGGACAGGUACGUUUUGACCGCAGAUAUAAUCAAAAUGUACAGGCAAAUAUUGAUUCAUGAGGAUCACACUCCGUUUCGGACAAUCUACUGGAGGUAA